UAAAACCUGUACCGACUUAGUUCUUCUAUAAAACCCUUCUUGCUAAGUUCAUAUAGAAAUGAAAUUCUAAACCAGUGCUUUCUUCUCUUACUAAGAAAUUAAUAGUAUUUCUUCUCAGCAAUUUCCAAAAAUGGCAAGCUUUAAUCGCUCUCAUUUUGAUUGCAGCAAAUUGCUUACCAAUACCCUCAACAAAGCUCAAAAAAGAUGGCGUAUUGCCUAUUUAACAAUUUAUUCUGCCCGUGCAAUGCUUUCUCUUGUAAGAGAGAUAAUUAAAAUAGAAAGAAACAGUUAUCAUCACUCAGGUAUUCUUCACAACGUUUCCUAUACAGUAUUAGAUGUAGAGCCACCAAUCAAAUCCCAUAAACAUGUGGCGUCAAGUUCCUUCACUCCUGAUAUUGAUAAGAAAAAACUUAGCCAACUGGUAAAAGAGAGAGAGACUGAAACUCUCCAUCAAUUUGGGGGAGUUGAAGGUGUUGCCACCGCUCUUGGGACAAACACAGAACAAGGAAUCAAUGGCGAUGACCGUGAUGUUACUUCACGGCGUGAUAUGUUCGGUUCUAAUACCUACAAUAAACCUCCUCCAAAAGGGUUUUUAUUUUUUGUUCUUGAUGCAUUUAAAGAUACUACUAUUCUUAUACUCCUUGUUUGUGCUGGGCUUGCUCUUGGUUUUGGCAUCAAAGAGCAUGGAGCAGAAGAAGGUUGGUAUGAAGGAGGAAGCAUUUUUGUUGCUGUUUUUCUAGUCGUUGUUGUCUCUGCUCUUAGUAACUUUAGGCAAGAGACACAAUUUGAUAAGCUAUCGAAAAUAAGUAGCAAUAUCAAAAUUGAGGUGCUUAGAAAUGGACACAGACAACAAAUCUCCAUAUUUGAUAUUGUAGUUGGAGAUGUUGUUUACCUGAAAAUUGGAGAUCAAAUUGCAGCUGAUGGCUUAUUCUUGGAGGGUCAUUCCUUACAAGUCGAUGAGUCGAGCAUGACUGGAGAGAGUGAACAUGUGGAAGUAAAUUCCACCACGAAUCCCUUCUUGCUUUCUGGUUCAAAAGUUGCAGAUGGAUACGCUUUAAUGCUCGUUACAUCUGUUGGAAUGAAUACAGCUUGGGGUGAAAUGAUGAGCUCAAUUACUCGCGAUUCCAAUGACCGAACACCCUUACAAGCUAGGCUAGAUAAACUAACCUCUUCUAUUGGGAAGGUUGGCCUUUCAGUUGCUUUUCUAGUUCUUGUAGUCAUGUUAAUUAGGUAUUUCACUGGAAAUACAAAAAAUGAAAAUGGGCUUACAGAAUUCAAACGAGGUGAAACAGGUACGAGUGAUGUGUUAAAUGCUGUUGUAAGCAUUGUAGCUGCUGCAGUCACUAUUGUGGUUGUAGCAAUUCCAGAAGGUUUGCCAUUAGCAGUCACACUAACACUAGCUUACUCUAUGAAGAGAAUGAUGAAAGACCAAGCCAUGGUUAGAAAGCUUUCAGCUUGUGAAACCAUGGGCUCGGCCACAGUUAUUUGCACUGACAAAACUGGCACUUUGACAUUGAAUCAGAUGCAAGUGACCGAGUUUUGGCUUGGUCAAGAAUCUAUUGAUGAAGCUUCUUACAAAGGAAUUGCUCCAACAAUUCUUGAAUUGUUCCACCAAGGAGUCGGUUUAAACACAACAGGUAGUGUCUACAAACCAGCAUCAGGAUCUGUACCAGAGUUUUCAGGUAGUCCAACUGAAAAGGCAAUUCUCUCAUGGGCUGUUUCUGAGCUGGGUAUGGAUAUGGAAAGAGUGAAGCAAAGUUAUAAAAUUCUCCAUGUUGAAACCUUUAAUUCAGAGAAGAAACGAAGUGGGGUUUCAAUUAGGAAAUUGGAGGACAACACUAUUCAUGUACACUGGAAAGGAGCAGCUGAGAUGAUACUAGCAAUGUGUUCAGAUUAUUAUGAGAGCAGUGGGAUGGUAAAAUCUAUGGAUGAAGGUGAAAGAAGUAAAAUUGAGAGAAUAAUCCAAGGCAUGGCGGCUAGCAGCCUCAGAUGCAUUGCUUUCGCUCACAAGAAAAUUACAGGGGAAGAAAUGAAGGAUGAAAAAGAUGAAAAUUCACGCCAGAGGGUAAAAGAAGAUGGCUUGAUCUUGGUAGGAAUAAUUGGUCUCAAAGAUCCAUGUCGACCUGGAGCCAAGAAAGCUGUGGAAAUUUGCAAGUCUGCUGGAGUAAGCAUUAAAAUGAUAACCGGCGAUAAUGUUUUCACAGCAAAAGCCAUAGCUACAGAAUGUGGCAUACUGGAGCAAAAUCACCAAGUAGACAGCGGAGUAGUGGUAGAAGGUGUUGAAUUUCGCAACUACACACAUGAGCAGAGAAUGGCAAUGGUUGAUAAGAUAUGCGUAAUGGCAAGGUCAUCGCCCUUCGACAAACUUCUAAUGGUACAAUGCUUGAAACAAAAAGGAGAGGUUGUUGCAGUAACAGGAGAUGGUACAAAUGAUGCACCUGCAUUAAAAGAAGCUGAUAUAGGAUUGUCUAUGGGAAUUCAAGGCACAGAGGUUGCAAAGGAGAGCUCAGAUAUCGUCAUUUUGGAUGAUAAUUUUACGACUGCGGCCACGGUGUUAAGAUGGGGACGAUGUGUCUAUAACAACAUCCAGAAAUUCAUCCAGUUUCAACUAACUGUCAAUGUUGCAGCUCUUGUAAUCAACUUCAUCGCAGCAGUUUCUGCCGGAGAGGUUCCCUUAACAGCAGUACAAUUGCUAUGGGUAAACCUGAUCAUGGACACGCUUGGAGCUCUAGCCCUAGCUACAGAAAGGCCUACUGAUGAGCUAAUGCAAAGGCAACCAGUAGGCCGUACGGAGCCUCUCAUAACAAAUAUAAUGUGGAGAAACCUUCUAGCUCAAGCUCUAUACCAGAUAGCAAUCCUCUUGACUUUACAAUUCAAAGGCGAGUCCAUAUUUAAUGUGAGUCCAGAGGUAAAUGAUACAAUUAUAUUCAAUACGUUUGUGUUUUGCCAAGUAUUCAAUGAAUUCAACGCAAGGAAUCUGGAAAAGCAGAACGUAUUCAAAGGCAUUCACAAGAAUCAUCUAUUUCUAGGAAUUGUGGCCAUUACUAUAAUUCUUCAGUUUGUGAUGGUGGAGUUCCUAAAAAAGUUUGCUAGUACAGAAAGAUUGAAUUUGCUACAAUGGGCAGUCUGUGUUCUAAUCGCAGCUGUAUCAUGGCCAAUCGGUUGGUUUGUGAAACUCAUACCGGUACCUGAAACACCCUUGUUCAGCUAUCUGAAGAGACCAAUAUCAAGCUUCAAACUGGCCUUCCAUAGAAAAUCCUCUUCCUCAAGGCCUAGAACUAAGUGCGAGAGAGUCUAAAAGAAUUUGGAAUAGCUCAAAGAAUCUGGAAUUCAUUCUCUUCCACAAAAGAAACAACCGGUGAUCCAGCCAGAAGAGUUGAUGCACCAUAUUCAAAACUCACAAGCAUCUGCCUUGGCAUGAUCUAACGAAUCUGGAACUCGAUUGAACAAAAAAGGUUAAGUCUUGUGAAACCGUAGCGUUGGCGAAAGCCGGGGGUUCUUCCUGGAGUCCUGUCAUGAUCGGUCACAGCUGCCCUGCCCGUAUGGUUGCUAACUAAUUACUUAUCAAGAAUUUGUCAGUGUCUCGAUAGACAAAUUCUUUUUUGUACUUUUUAGAUUAGAGUAAGAGUCUACCGUAGAGUUUCCUUAUGCAUCUAUGUACUGUACACAAUUCGUAUAAAAAAAAUAAUCUUGUAUUCCGAUCUU